AUGUUGAAAUUGUUACUGACAGUUAUUCGGAGGACUUUGUUGUGAACAGUGAGAUAAGCAUUCACGGAUAUAUUUUGUUCACGCAAAUAUAGUUGAAUAUUUAUUGUUUUAUUUUAUUUAACACAUGGACCAAGAAGAAAGGCAAAAGAAACUGGAGGCCGGAAGAGCCAAGCUCGCUCACUUUAGGCAGCGAAAGGCAAAAGGCGACGGCGCGAAUCCGCAGAAAAAGACGCCGAAGAGGAAGAGCGCUGUCCACGCGAAUGACCUUCCGACGCAAGAGCGCCCACUAGCGGCCAAGGCGUGCCCGCUGGACAGUGCGCCAAAAAGAAGCAAUGGAACGCUUGCAGAGGAGGCGCCGAGGCCUGCUGUGGACUCCGCGCAGACGGAGCCCGAGCACGAGGCCGCUCCGGGAGACGAGGCGGCCGUGGGCGUCUGUGAGGAAGAGGAGGAGCCGAGGGGUGCGCUCGUCAGGAGCAGUGAGAAAGAUCAGCGGCAGCUGCAAAUAGCACUUGAGGAGCGCAACGAGAUAAUAUCUCAGCUCACCGCCAACCUCCAGGUGGCGCUAGGGAGCCGGGACCAGGUUCAGGUGGAGGUUAUGGAACUCACCAACCAAAUCCAGGCCCUGCAGCAGCAGCUCCAGCAGGCGAGCGAAUUCCUGCGGGCGCGCAGCCAGAGCAGCGCGGAGCUGUCCCAGGCCCAGCAGCAGAUCUCCCUGUUCCAGCGCAGCCUCCAGGACCAGAGCGCCCAGCUGGGCCGACUGCAGGAGGAGCUGCAGGAGAGCCAGCAGCUCACUCGAGAGCAGCAGUGCCUCCUCACACUGAAGGAAACGGAGACGACGGGCCUGCUGGAGAAGCUGAGCACCACAGAGUCACGGCUGCAAGAGGCGCUGUCGCUUCGGGACCAGGAGCCAGCGGCUCCGCGAAACGGCGGCCGCGCCGCAGAGACGCACGCGCAGGACGCCGGGGACGGCGCCGACGCCCUGACGGAGCGGCUCCGGGCGGAGCUGCAGGCGGAGAGGGGGCGCAGCCGCGGCCUGGAGCGGCUCGUCCGCGACUUCGAGGAGGAGCGGCGGGCGCUCGAGGAGCAGCUGGCCGAAGUCCGAGAGGAGCUGAGCAUGGAGGCCCGGCAGGUGGGCGAGGAGGAGGAGGAGCUGAGGCGGGAGCUGGCCCGGCUGAACGACCUGGUCCGCGGGGCCCAGGAGCGGCUGCAGGAGGAGGAGGCGGCCGGCCGCCGCCUGAGGGCCAAGCACGAGGCGGACAUCUCCAACUACGAGCUGCGCCUGCGGUCCCUGGCCGAGGAGAAGGGCGGCGACCGCGAGGCCGAGCUGCAGAGCCUGAGGGACGAGGUCCGGUGGCUCCGGGAGCACCACGGAGACCGCAGCUACCAGAGCGGCUCGGAGGACCCGGGGGAGAGCCCCGGAGGAGCCAAGGCUCAGAAGGAGCACGUGAACCAGGAGACCGCCGGCGAGAGCAGGGAGGAGCCCGGCCUGGACCUCCCCUUCCCCAGCGACCCCGACCACCUGAUGGAGAAAUACCUGGCCUCCGUCGCCCCCAGGGACAGCACCUGGGGCGAGGACAGCCUGGAACACAGCCUUCUGGAGAAUUCCGGGAAUUACAGGUUCGAGGUGGACGGUCAGGUAGAACUCGAAAGACCAAAGUCUGCGUGCCUAGUCCAGGAUGACAACGAGGCAGCCGGUCAGUUCACGGAUAUGCCAUUGCCUUGCGGCCAAGGCUACGAAGCGGCUGAGCCUAAUGAAGAGUCACAGAUCUCAGAUCAGUGGCAGACCCACUUCUCUGCCUCUCUGGGCCCAGACGAAGGUGGCGACUCGCUGAUCUCGGGUCAGGGGCCGACCCGCUCCUCUGCCUCGCCCGGCAUGGACGGGGACUCUGAGGUCGUGGACUUGGGCAAGGCUCUGCUGGUGGAGCAGUGCAGGGAUCUGAGCGCCCAGCUGGAGGAGAGAGACCGGCAGGUGGAGGCGCUCGAGGGCCGGCUCCGGGGCGAGGCGCAGGGAGCGUCGGAGAGGUGGAGCAAGGCGGCGAAGGAGCUGGAGUCCGCGCGCUGGGAGCUGGAGGCGGAGCGCGAGCAGAGGCAGCGCUGGGAGGAGGCCGUCGGCCUCAAGGCCUCCGAAGCGGACGACCUGAGGAACCAGCUCAGCCUCCUCCGGAGCCGGCCGGAGCGUCCGGACCAGACCGGCCAGCCCCCGGGCGCCCGGACCGCCGACCCUCUGCUCCUGGCCACCGGCGACCUGAUCGGCGACCUGAGGGAGGAGAAGGAGCUGCUCCUGGCCCAGCUGAGGGAGCAGGAGCGGCUGGUGCGCGACGUCCAGGAGCGCAAGCUGGCCGGGGACUCGGUCACCAGCGAGGUCCAGGCCCUCUUCGGCCGCCAGCUCUCCGCCCUCCAGGCGCACCGGGACGGCCUGCAGGCCCAGCUGGACUCCCAGAAGGCCAGGGGCCAGGCCGCGUCCGAGCAGCUGGGGCGGAAGGCCCUGGAGCUGGAGUCGGCCCUCGGGGAGCUCCGGAGGCUCGGGGAGGAGCUGGAGGAGAGGGAGGGGCGCCUGCGGGAGGCCGGCGAGGAGGAGGCGGACCUGCGGUCCGGGCUGAGCCGCCUGGAGCAGGGCCUGGCCGACGCGGAGGAGGCCCUGAGCCAGGGAGCGGAGGAGCAGGCCGCGCUGAGGGAGCGUCUGGGAGAGGCGGAGACCCGAGCGAGGAACGUGGAGAACACGCUGCAGACGCAGAGGGAGGAGUUCCUCAGCCAGCUGCGGACCCUGAAGGAGAAGGAGAGCGCCCUGGAGGCGGAGCUGGAGAGCGCCAGGAAAACCCUCGGAGAACAGGGCCGGGAGCAGGACGAGGCCGUGGAGGCUGCCAUGGCCCAGCUGAGACUGGCUCACCAAGAAGAGCUGUGCAGACUGCAGGGACAACACCAAGAGGAGGUGCGCGCUCUUAAUUUGGAGAUGGAGAGGGCUCUGGCAGACCAGAAGGCCAGGCUGGAGGAAGAGCAGAAGAAGCAGAUUGCACUGAUCAAGCAGGUGCACGAGCGAGAGCACCAGCGCGAGAAGGCGGAGCUGGCCAGCAGGCACAAGGACGCCAUGGAGGCGGCACACCAGGAGCACCUGCUCCAAGCACAGGCUCAGCAGACCCUGGAGCUGGAGGCCCUGCGCCUGAGCCUGACCAACCUGCACACGGCGCAGCUGGAGCUGAGCCAGAGCAACCUGCAGCGCGACAAGGAGGCGGCCCUCAGCGAGCUGCAGGCCAGCCUGAGGGACAAGUGGGCCCAGGAGAGCGCCAUGCUGCAGACCCGCCAGCUCUUCGAGCUGGAGAAGACCAGGGAGCAGUGCCGUCUGGAGAACCAGCGCGAGCUGGAUGAACUGAAGCGGACAUGGGAAUCGCAGAUCUCCGAGGACCGUUCCAAGAUGGAAGCCCUGGAGGCAGAUAAAAUCAAGGCUCUCAAACAGGACUGGGAGCGGGAGGCAGAGAAGGCCCAGGCUGAGGCCCAGGCCACUCUGGCAGAGACCCUGCAGGCCCUGUCUGACACCAGGGGGAAGCUGGGACAGCUGGAACAGCUGCAGGCCUCCAAGGACCAGGAGCUCCGCUCCCUGGAGGAGGAGCUGAGGCAGGCCUGGUCUGAUCGAGAUGCGGCCGCCAGAGCUGUGGAGGAACUGGUCUCCAGCCAUAACGUGGUCCUGCAGGAGCAGCGGGACCGUGCCCAGCACCUGGAGGGCCUGGGCGCGGCCGGCACUGAGCGGGAGGAGCAGCUGCAGCAGCAGUUGGAGAAGCUGCAGGCGGAGCACACCGCAGUGAAGCAGAGCUCUGAGCAUCUGUGGACCCAGCUGGAGUGCAUGAGGGCCAGCCGACAAGAGCUGGGGGAGCUGAGGGAGCAGCUGCUGGCCCGCUCGUCCCGCGUGGAGGACAUGGAGCGCCUGAAGCAGGAGUUCGCCCAGCAGCGCCGCGACAUCCAGGAGCACAACGAGGCGGAGCUGGAGGGCCUGCGCGCCUACUUCGAGCAGCGCCUGCGGGCCGCCGAGGAGGGCUACCGCCAGGAGAUCGCCCUGCUGCAGCUGCGCCUGGUGGAGGCCGACCUGGAGGACUCGGUGCUCAAGACCGGGGACGACAGCUACCUUUCUGAAGGGAAACCAGCCGAGGAGAAGAAUGACCUCAUUGCAGAGAUCACUCUUAAACUGGAAAAGCACAAGGAGGAAGUGGACGCCCUGCGGGUGGACCUGGAGGGCAGGCACCGGCAGGAGCUGGAGCACCUGAGGGCCAGCCUGAGCCUGGCCUACAGGGAGGAGCUGCUGCAGGCCAAGACCGACCUGACCGACCGCUACUUCUCCCAGAUCCAGGACCUGAAGAGCCGCCACUCCCUGGAGCUGGAGCAGCAGCGGGCCAGGCUCUCCAGCAGCCACAUCAAAGAGCUCACCAAGCUGCGCGGUCAGAGCGCUGAGGAGGCGCCGUCGAGCACGGAGAAGGAGCCGGAGCCGGAGGUGGAGAAGGAGGCGCGAGCUCGGCUGGAUAUGCGCAUCCGGGAGCUGGAGGCGCGGGCCGAGGCGCUGGCGGAGGAGCACGCUGCGGAGCUGAGGCGGGUCCGGGAGGAGCACGGUGACCUCCUCUCACAAGCGCAGGAGAAGCUGAAGCAGGACUGCGAGGAGGAGCUGUGCGCGGCGGUGGAGGAGGCGCGGAGAGAGGAGCGGGAGCGGGCGGCUCUGGAGCUGACCCGGCGGCGGGAGGAGGCCGUGGCGGCUCUGACGGAGGAGAGGCGGGGCCUGAGCCUGCAGCUGGAGGCGGAGCGGGAGCGACUGCGCGCCCUGCAGCACAGCCUGGAGACCGAGCGCGACCCUCAGCUCGCCGCCGCCCGGCAGGAGAUCCACAGUGCGGCCGAGGAGGCGAAGGAGCUGAGGGCCCGGCUGGAGGAGCGGGCGGCGGCCGAUCUGCGGGAGGCUCGGAGCAGGCUGCAGGAAGAGCAGCAGGCAGCCGCUGAAGAGCUGAGGCUGCAGCAGAGCGAGGAGCAUGGGGAGAGGCUCAAGGCGGAACUCAAUGCUCUGGAGGCGGAGCUUCGUGGGAAGCACAAGACGGAGCUACACGCUCUGGAGGCGGACCUUCAUGGGAAGCACAAGGUGGAGCUACACGCUCUGGAGGCGGAGCUUCAUGGGAAGCACAAGGCGGAGCUACACGCUCUGGAGGCGGACCUUCAUGGGAAGCACAAGGUGGAGCUACACGCUCUGGAGGCGGAGCUUCAUGGGAAGCACAAGGCGGAGCUCGAUGCUCUGGAGGCGGAGCUUCAUGGGAAGCACAAGGCGGAGCUGGAUGCUCUGGAGGCGGACCUUCAUGGGAAGCACAAGGCGGAGCUGGAUGCACUGGAGGCGGAGCUUCGUGGGAAGCACAGGGCCCAGCUGGACGCACUAGAGGCGGAGCUUCGCGGAAAGCACCGGGCGGAGCUAGACGCUCUGGAGGCGGACCUCCGUGGGAAGCACAGGGCGGAGCUGGACGCUCUGGAAACGGGCCUGUGUGCGAAACACAAGGCGGAGCUGGACUCUCUGGAGGCGGUCCUGCAGGAGACCAACCUGGCCCAGCUGGAAGCUCAGGAGGCGGAGCUUCAGGCCCGCCACAGGCAGGAGAGGGAGGAGCUGGAGGCCAGGAUGCUCUCCAACAUGGACACCCUGGAGACCACCUACCUGGCCGAGAUCCAGGCCACCCGGGAGGAGGCGCAGAGGGAGCUGCGGGAGCUGAGGGAGUCGUGCGACGGGGAGCGGGAGGAGGCGGAGGGAGGCCGCGCCGCCGAGCUGGAGAGGCUGGGGGCGGAGCACCGCGCUCAGCUGCUGUCCGUCACCGAGGAGCUGAGGAGGGAGCUGGCCCAGGUCCACAUGGACAAGUUCACAGCCAUGGCCGCCGAGCUCAGAGACGCCCAACAGGCGGAGCUGGCCCAGGCCCUGGCGUCUCAGCGCGAGGCUGUGGAGGCGGAGCACCGCGGGGCGCUGCAGACCCUCCGGCGGGAGCUGCUGGCUCUGGACCAGGCGCACGGCGCCGCCCUGCAGGAGCUGGGGGAGCUGCGCGCCGCCGAGGCGCGGCAGGGGCAGGAGCGGCAGGCCGCGCUCGGGGCUCUGCACCAGCAGCAGCUGCAGGAGCUGAGGGAGUCCUCUGCUCGGGAGCUGGAGGAGGAGGUAUCCCGGCAACGACUGCGCCUCCAGGAGGAGGCGGAGAAGGUGCUGCAGCAGCGGCUAGACCAGCUGAAGGAGGAGCUUGCGGUGGAGAAAGCCGCCAUUCUGGAGGAGUGUGGGCAGAAAGCGCAGGUGUGCGGGGAGACCGUGGACCAGCUCACCAAGCAGCUCCAGGAGCGGCAUGCGGAGAGCUCACAGCUGCGCGCGGAGGUGUCCCGCCUGCGGGGGGCGCUGCAGGGGAAGAGCUCGGAGAUGGAGACCCUGGAGACGCUGCUGCAGCGCAGGGAGAGGGAGAGCCACGAGGGGGAGAACCUGCUCACCAUGCUGAGAGCUGACCUGAGCACAGCCGCGCAGGAGAGGAGGGGGCUGCAGAAGGUGCUGCUGGAGGUUCUGCGGAACACGAUCGCCACCGAGGACCUGAUCAGCAAGAAGAUCAGCGCCUGCGUGAACAGCAGGGCGAGCGCUCGCGGCGACGAGCCCCACCCUAAGGCCACCCGCAAAGGGAGCGUGGACACCCCGGAGAAAGCAGAGGAGGGCGAGGAGGAAGACUCCGGUCCCGACAGCAGCCUGUGGUCGGCGCAGACGGACGAAGGCCUGGAGCUGUCCCAGAGGCUGUCGGAGAGCCUGUUCGCCGGGGCGGAGCUGGAGGCGGAGGGGGAGGAGUUUGUGCUGGGAGCCUGCGUCCGUCUGCGCGCCGCCGUGGACAAGCUGCUGGAGCUGGUCACCGAGUCCGCCCGACAGCUGGAGCAGACCCACGGGGCCCAGGCCCACCUGGAGGAGCGCUUCAGCCAGGGCCGGCAGGACGCCGCCCAGCUGGUGCUGCAGCACCGCCGCGUCCUGGAGCAGCUGGACCUGGAGGCGGGGCUUAAGAGCCAGCUAGAGCUGGAGCUGCACAAGGCUGAGGGUCUAAUGGAGGGCUACGUGGCGGAGAAAGCAGCCCUGGAGGAGGUGCUGCAGCAGAAGGAGACGCAGACGGAGAGGCUGGUGGAGGAGCUGGAGGGGCUGCGGGUGCAGCUGCAGGAGCUCAGCGAGGAGCACACCCUGCUGCUGCGUCAGAGGGACGCCAUCGCUGGGGGGCUCGGGGAGCCUGAGAAAGGCUGUUCUGAUGAUGCAGAUGACGCAGAGCUGCUGCGGGAGGCGGAGCGCCUGGCGCAGGAGAAGCUGGACGUGCAGCGGCAGGCGGAGAAGGACCGCGGAGGCCUCCUCUCCCGGCUCAAGCUGCUGGAGAGCGAGCUGGAGGAGCAGGAGAGCAGCCGGCAGGAGCAGGAGGAGAGGAGGAGGGCCCACACCGAGGACCUGCAGCAGCACAUCCAGGCCCUGGAGAGGCAGCUCAAGCACCACCGCCAGUUCAUGGACGAGCAGGCAGUGGAGAGGGAGCACGAGAGGGACGAGUUUCAGCAGGAGAUUAAGAAACUGGAGGCUCAGCUGAGGCACCCGAACAAGCCCAGCGCCGGAGGAGACUGCAGGGGGCAGAAGAUUGAGGACUUGGUUCUGCAGGUGGAGACCCUGCAGGCGGCCAUCAAGGAGAAGAUGGAGGACUACAACUCGCUGCUGCUGACCAAAGAGCAGUACCAGCGCGAUCUGGCGGAGCAGAACGAGGAGAUCGACAAAAUGGCCGGGCGGAUCCGCGAGCUGGAGCAGGCUCUGCUGAACACCUCCGAGUCCAGCCGAGCUCUGGGUCAGCUUGAGCAAGAACUGGAGAAGGCCAGGAAAACCGAACAAGAGCUCCUGCAGGACAAAGAGGCGCUCCAGCAGCAGCAGUACUCCAGCCGGCUGCAGAUCUCCGCUCUGCAGUCCAAGCUGGACGAGGCGCGCCACCGCUUCCCAGAGAGCACGGCGGAGCAGGCCCUGAAGGAGCAGCUGGAGGCCGUGCAGCAGACCCUGCUCAACAAGGAGAAAGAAGCGGAGGUGCUGGCGGAGCAGCUGGAGCAGGUGCAGCGGGACCUGGCCGUCAAGGCCGAGGAGGUGCUGCAGCUCCACCUGCAGCUGACGGUCCUGACGGAGCAGAACUCCAUCUGCGUUUCCCAGCUGCAGAACGAGAUCAGCUCCCUCAAGGAGACCGUGAGUGAGCUGCAGAGGAGGGGUGGAGGCGAAGGGGACGACCCGGCCUCCGUGCUGCAGCUCCCCCUGGCCCUGCUGGAGGAGAAGAACCAGGAGAUCGAUCACCUGAACGAGCAGAUCCUCCACCUGCAGCAGGAAGUGGACGUCUCCAACGACGACAAGGCCGUGGAGGAGGUGCAGGCGGAGGUGGAGGAGCUGCGCUCCCAGGUGGAGCGCCUGCUCGGCGACCAGGCCCGCCUGCGGCAGGACAAGGAGGAGGAGGUGGAGCAGCUGCACGAGGUCAUCCACAAGCUGCAGGAGGAGCUGGCGCAGCUGGGGCCCAACCGGCACGAGGUCAGCGACUCCCAGGAGCACAGCCCCCAGCCCCACUCCUUCUGGCCCCCCCACGGCCAGGAGGAGAGCCUGUGCCAGGAGCUGAGCCUGCAGUCGUCCCGGGAGCGCCUGGACGAGCUGCGCGCCCAGCUGGACCUGGCCUCCGGCGAGAAGGAGGCCCUGGAGCGCCUCCUCCACACGCAGGAGACCACUUACCGCGGCCAGGUGGAGGCGCUGGGGCAGAGCCUGGCGGAGGAGAAGCGGCGGCUGCUCCGGCUGGAGGAGGAGGGCGGGGCCUUGAGGGCGGACCUGUCCCAGCGGGAGGCGGAGCUCGAGCGGCUGUCCUCUCGCGUGCGCGAGCUGGAGGACGAGGCCGGGAAGAGUGACGGGCGGCUGCGGGAGGCGGAGCUGCAGAGGGACAGAGCGCUCGCUGACCUGGGCAAGGAGGCGGAGCUAGAGGAGGAGCUGCUCGCUGUGAAGGAGGAGAAGGCUCAGCUGGAACAGCGGAUGGAGGUGCUGCUCUCUGUGAAGGAGGAGAAGGCUCAGCUGGAACAGCGGAUGGAGGUGCUGCUCUCUGUGAAGGAGGAGAAGGCUCAGCUGGAACAGCGGAUGGAGGAGCUUCAGCAGGUUAACGAGGAGGGCUCAACUGCUGCAGACGCUCAGAGAGCAGCGCUUGCCGAGCAGGAGGCUAAAAUUGAAAACCUGGAAACGGUGAAGCAGGAGCUGUUCCAGGAACGCCAGGCCCUGAGGCAGCGAGAAGGCCGACUUCAGGAGGAAAUAGAGAGGCUAAAACAGGAAGUCACAUCGAACAGCUAUCACAUCCAGGAACUGAACUCCCAGCUGGAAGAGAAGGUGUCCAGGCAUGCGGAGGCCCAGAAAGAAGUGCUGACGUGCGCAGAGGAGACGCUGGCCAAGGCAGAGGGAGCGCUGAGGGAGAAGGAGGAGCAGCUGAGCCAGCUGAGGGCGGAGCACGAGGCCCUGAGGGCGGAGCUGGCCGCCGUGAAGGAGGGGCUGAGCUCCAGCACAGAGAGGGCCGAGAAGCUUCUGGAGGAAGGCCAGACGAAGGACAAGGCUCUCGCCAACCUCGAGGUCCACAACCAGCGUCUGAAGACCGAGCUGCGGGGCCUGCAGGAGGACCUCGCCCUGCAGGAGGAGGAGGUGGCCUACCAGCAGCGGGAGCUGGCGGACCUGCGGGAGCGCUACAGCCUCCGGGGCCCCACCUCCAGCUCCGCCCACUCCCACUCCCACUGCCCCGCCCCCGCCGGCAGCGCCCUGCGCGGCAGGCCGGAGGACGGCUUCCUGUCGCUGCUGUCCCACGAGCGCUCCCCGCCCUCGCCCGAGGUCCUGCGCAAGCUGGACUGCAGCGAGGAGCCGGCGGCGGUGUUCCACGCCUCGCGCCUCUCCGAGCUCAGCGGCCUGCACAACUCCAGCCUGGACCUGCACAUCAAGGGCUCCCCCGUGGGCAGGGCCAGCUCCCAGCCCCCCGAGCUGCUGUCCCCCGAACUGGAGCCUCCCUCGAGCUGCUCUCCGGACUCCGUCGCGGCCUCUGGCAGUCUCUCGGCCCUGGACUCGCUGGAUGCUCAGAAGGUGAAUGAUUUUGAGCAGCUUGGUUUGACCCCGUCUGCCUCCCCUGGAUGUUCCACCUCCACCCUCUCUGCUCAGGAGUGGGUCAGUGACGGCUACGGCAGCAAUGUUAGUUCAGAGCUGGGCACUAGGCUGAAUGUAGAACUGGCAACAACUGAACGUCUGGAUGCCAACUUUUUGGAGUACCUACGGAACCGUGACAUGGACCUGACAAACAACACGGACAGCGCUGCUGACAGCGAGGGGCCGAGUCUCGAGCUCCUCUCACCCGAGCUACAGGUGCUGCUUAAGAGGGUGUACCAGGAGGGGUGCAGGGUCCUGGCCCUCUCUCACCGCCCUGCCCCCGACGCCCCGCCCCAGACCUGGCAGACAGAGAAGCGAGCCUUGCAGGAAACGGUCCUCUCCCUCAGGGAGCUGCUCUGCAAGAUGGCCGACAAGCAUCUCAAGGUGGACGGCGGGGACGCGGACUGGCGCAGGGAGCUGCUGCAGGCGGUGCGCGGUGUGUUUGACAGCGAGGGGCUGUCCCUGCGCUCCGAGCUCCAGGCCCUGCUGACGGCCCAAGGGCUCCUGGACCCCGCCCCACUCAUGAGCCAGCUGGAGCAGCUCCUCAGACAGCAGGAGGAGCAGCAGUGCCGCUCCCUGGAGCAGCUGCUCUGUGCCGAUCGGCGCAGCCUGCUGGCCGAGGUGCAGAACCUGCAGAGCCAGCUGCGCAUCUCCAGCCUGCAGAGCCAGGAGCAGCUGCAGCAGCUGCACGGGUCCCUGAGCGCUGCGCAGGAGGAGGGCUGCCAGCAGCAGCACCAGCUGCGCAGACAAGUGGAGCUGCUGGAGUACCGGCUGCAGCAGGAGCAGACCUGCGCGGAGGACCUGCGCGGCUCUCUGAGCGCGGAGCAGGCGCGGGGGGCGGAGCAGCGCGCCCUCCUGAGGGCGGAGCGGGACGCCGGCGAGCAGCUGAAGCGCCGGCUGGAGGAGAGCGGCGAGCGGACCAGCGCCGGGGGCCACGCCCAGCAGGAGCUGCAGCAGGAGGCCCGCAAGCUCAGGAUGAUGCUGGAGAGCGAGCAGGUGGAGAGGCAGGCGCGAGAGGAGGCCUUGCAGCGGGAGCAGCUCCAGGUGCAGCAGCUGCAGGAGGAGCUGCAGCAGGAGCGACUGCGCAGCCAGCGCACGCAGGACCAGGAGGGCCAGGCGCUCGAGGCGCUGAGGUCCUCUCUGGAGGACUGCAGGGCUCAGAUCACAGAGCUGAGAGGGGCCCUGGAGCAGGAGCGCGUGCUGAGCAGCAACCUGCGCAUGGAGCUGCAGAUCGAGCAGUCCCGCUGCGAGGCGCUCAUCGCCCAGGAGAGGAGCCGCGCCGGCCGCGCCCUGGAGCAGCUGGAGGAGCAGCGCGCUCGCUGCGCCCAGCUCACCGACGCCCUCACCCAGGGGAAGCAGGACCACAGCCGGAGACUGGAGGAGGAAGUCGCCCGGGAGAAACAGAACUACGCCCGAAAACUGGAGGAGGAAGUCACCCACGUGAAACAGAACUACGCCCGAAAACUGGAGGAGGAAGUCUCCAGUGCAAAACUGGACUACACCCGUAAACUGGAGGAGGAAGUCGCCCGGGAGAAACAAAACUACGCCUGGAAACUGGAGGAGGAAGUCACCCAGCAGAAAAGGGACUACACCUGUAAACUGGAGGAGGAAGUCACCCACGUGAAAUUGGACUACACUCGUAACCUUGACGACGAGGCCCAGCAGCAGAGGAGGCUGAUUGUGGAGCUGCAGGCCCAGCUGGAGCAGGAGCGCAGGCUGCGGGAGGAGCAGACCACCGCGCUGCAGCGCCUCCAGGAGCAGGCCGCCCAGACCAAGCGGCGGCUGGAGGAGGAGGCGCAGCAGGAGGCGGGCUCACGCCUCCACGCCGCCAUGGAGGGGCUCCAGUCCCAGAGGCAGGAGGUGGCCCGGAGCCUGGAGGCGGAGAAGCAGAGGGCCGCCCUCCUGCAGGCGGAGCUGGAUGCCCUGAGGGAGAAGAUGAGCUCCCUGAAGGAGAAGGAGCGGCUCCGCGAGGAGCAGAGGGACCGGCAGAGGAGGCUGGAGCGGCAGGAGCUGGCCGACAAAGAGCGGCAGCAGGAGAGGACCAGCGAGAGACUGCAGGAGCUGCAGCAGCAGAGGGCGCAGGACCAGCAGCGCGUGCGGCAGCUGCAGCAGACGCUGGCCGACCUGGAGGAGAAGGAGCGUCAGCUGACCUCGCAGCGCCGCCACCCGGACUCGGCGCAGCCCAACCUGCCGCAGCUGCGCCUGGCCCAGCAGCAGCUGCAGCUCGCCGCCGUCAAGCUGCGCAGCUUCCUGCACGGACCGCCCGUCAGGAGGGAGGGUGAGCUGGCCCAGGCAGAAGAGAGUGAGCUGCGUCACUUGCUCCGCACCCUGACCGAACUGGACCAGGACCUCAAAAACCUGUGCUCUCAGAACCCCUCUCAGAUGUCCUCCUCCAGCCUGGUGGAACGCCUGCUUAAGGAGAACUCUGAUCUGACCAAUCAGCUGGCUACGCUGAGUGAAGACAAAGUGACCCUGAAGCACACCGUGUCCUGCCUGGAGAGGGAACUGCAGGGCCAGAGACGAACCCGUGCCGCCAGGGAGCAGUUGAAGUCUCCAGAGCCGGUGGAUGCAGCUGUGCUCUCAGAGAAGCUGGCCUGGCAGAAGGAGCGCGUUUCCCUGCAGACGGCUCUGCGCAAAGCGGAGGCUGAGCUCCUGCGGGUCACCGCCGAGAUCGAGAACCGCCCCGUUACCGACGGCAGCAGCAGCAAGAUGGCCCGUCUGUAUGGGAAGUACCUGCGUGCGGAGAGCUUCCGGAAGGCCCUGGUGUACCAGAAGAAGUACCUGCUGCUGCUGCUGGGCGGGUUCCAGGACUGCGAGCAGGUCACCCUGUCGCUCAUCGCCCGCAUGGGGGCGUACCCCUCCUCCGCGGACCUCCAGGCCGCCGCCCCCCGGUCACGCCCCAUUAACCGCUUCAGGACCUCCGUCCGCGUGGUCAUCGCCAUUUCUCGGCUGCGUUUCCUGGUCAGGAAGUGGCAGAAGGCCAUCAGGAAAGGCCCGGGGGCGCCGGCCGUGGCCAACGGACACGGACACAGUGGCGGCUCCGGCCCCAGAGCCGAGGUGCUGAGGCAGCAGCACCCGGGCAGCAUCCUCAACUCCCCGCCCACCCGCGACCCCGCCCUCUCCCGCAGGGGCGCGCCGUCGCCGCUGGCCCCGCCCGUCAAGUCGCCCUUCAGGCUGCACAACAGGCUGUACCCCAGCCCUGCCCUGAUGCCUGCAGAGGGCUCCCUCACCCAGGCCCAGGACCCCGAGCGCUCCCUGACCGAGUACAUCCAGCACCUGGAGGCCAUCCAGCAGCGGCUCGGCGGGAUGCAGCAGGUAAGCGGCGGCUGCGUAGGCCUGCGAGAGCCGCGGAGGCAGAGUCCUCUGUCGCAGUCGGGCGCUAUGAUGGGAUAUCGGCAGAAGUGGUUGCGCGAGAAUAGAACCUGGCUGUAUUUGAGUUGUCUGUCGCCCGUGUACAUGUCCGGCCUAGGCUCUGCGGCAAUCUCGUUCUCCAGAAAAUCGGACCGAUGAAGGAAUGUCUCUAUUUUUAAAAUAACUGUCUUCGUACGUCACUCUGUACAAAGAGCGCUGUUAAGAACAGCACUGAUCUUUUUUUAAAAUAAUAUAAAUUAUUUUUUACGCCGUGUAAUCUUUGCCGUUUUCUAUUCCUUGUAGUACUCACUGAUGGUGUCACCUUAAUGUGUUUGGAAGAAAGUGAAACUUUUUCUAGGUUUUUAUAUAUACGUUUCUCUGUAUGUUCUGUGGAUCACAGCUGUUAAAAUCGUUAUGACAUGUUUUACAGGGAAUGCACUGCAAGGCCAAGAUGAAAAGUAGUCACUGUUAAAACGCACAAUGGUGAACAGUUGUUUCUUUUAUGUUUUUUUUUAAAUGUCAACAUUUAUACAAAACGAAUAAAUAUUUUAAUAAUGCCACCUGA